UGUGUGUAUGUGUGUAAGGGUGUACGUGUGUGUGUGUGUGUAAAGAGACAGCAGGAUCGGUCGUGGCGCUUAAAUCCAGCUGGCUGUUCCACUGGGAAUGUAAUCCAUAUGCGUGCACGAGUUCAGCUGCAGGAGAAAGGAGAGAUAUCACCCGCAAAGAAGCGAUUGUUUUUGCUUUUCUUGUUUAAAUUCCACUCAUACCCGCCCCUGGAUCCUGGCUCGCCUUUUUCAGCCAGGAAGUGAGAGACGGAAAAAAAGCAAGAGCAAGCAGUAGUAGUAGUUGCAGGAGUCGAAACAGAACAAUGAUGGAAGGAGAGGAGACGCUGGACGAGGGUGCAGCGUGUCAGAAUGAGCCGAACGGGCCAGCUGGGCUCCCAGUGAUCCAUACUCGUCUGGAGGAGAACGGACAGAUCCAGAAAGAGUUGCUGAGCUCGGAUUCAGACAUGAAUGGCAAGACGGGGAGCAGAGGGCCCGCGAACAGCACCGUUGAGGCAAACAGCAAUGCCAAUAACCUCAGCAUGGCAUCCCAUUCAACCUCAGAGGCCCAGAAUCACUCACAGCUGGUUUCACGGACGCCGAAGAGAGCUGCCACGUUUGGGAAGCGCUCCAACUCCAUGCGCCGUAACCCAAAGGCUGAAGUGACUAAGCAAGGCUGGCUCCAUAAACAGGCCAGCACUGGUGUGAAGCAGUGGAACAAGCGCUGGUUCGUGCUCACAGAUCGAUGUCUUUUCUACUAUAAAGACGAGAAAGAAGAAGUUGUCUUGGGCAGCCUUCCUCUUCUCAGCUUUAAGAUCGGACCAAUCCUGUCUUCAGACAACAUCAGCCGCAAGUUCGCCUUUAAGGUGUGGUUUGAGGCAGAGGAAGAAGACAUGGAGGGGGAAAAGGAGGAAGGGCAGGAAGCUAAAGGAAGUAUUGCAUUCUGUUUGCAGGCAGAACACGCUGGGACUCGUACCUACUACUUCAGCACUGACAGCUUAGAGGAUAGGGAGGAGUGGGUCCAAGCCAUGAGUGAGGCAGCCAGUGUCCACAUUUCAGGCCCGAUUAGAAAAACCUCAGAGUCCAUCCUUACAGAGGAACAGAACCACGUCCCAGUGACACCAGCACCAGAGCUAAAGUCUUGUACAGAAGACAAGGACUCAAGGACUGAGCAACAUGAGCCUGAAAAACGCAGAGUAAAUGGGGUAGAAAGAAGAGGGAUACCAGCUUCCACCACACCAGUGUCAACAGAUAUGGACAUCCGGCUUGGGGAGAGGGGAUGCCCGCCUCCUCACCACCCUAACGGAUGGAGUAACUAUGGUUCAGGCUACCCUUCCCAGGAGAACAUAAGAGAGGUGCAUGAGGUGCAGCCUGAGGCCCAAGAGAACAUGGUGCUGCGCAGGGGCUUUGUGCCCAGGACAGGGCCUGAGAGGAUGGCACAAAGGAAGAGCUCCAUGACACAGUUACAGCAGUGGGUGAACCAGCGGCGCAGCCUGAUGCCUCAGGAGGACCUCCGGAGUCCAGCACGGUAUUACACAAUGAACCGAGGCAUGUCAGCAGACUACUACGGUGUGUAUGGUGCCCCUCCGUACCCUGAGGAGUACCCACUGUACCCUCCAGGAAUUCGACCUGACAGCAUCUGCUCCAUGUCGGCUGCCUAUGACAGGAUGCCACCCCGCUGGACGGCAGAGGAAAAGCGGCGUUCACUGAGGGACACUGCUCUUUAUGGGCCUCCCCGUGAGCCCCAGUGGAUGAUGGGGGGUCCUGGACCACAUCCUGCGUAUUAUACCCAGCUGGAGUCAGCCCAGGGGACCAUGAGGCGUCUGUCACUGCAGCCACGCUCACGCUCAGUGCCACGCUCGCCCUCUUCGUCAUCGGGAGGAGCUUACUCACCCGGACCGCCGAGCUUCAUCUCGCCAGCACGCUCACCUAGUGUCCGGUUUGACAGAAUGCCUGGGCGGCAUAGAGAUGAUGGUAUCUACGCUGAUCCAUCAGUCUAUGGCAUGCGAAGGUCUCUCAGUUCCCCCAAGUAUGAUUUUCCUGGGGAUCGACGUUCUCUCACGCAAAAUGUUUACCAUUACAAUUACCCAGCCUCUCCCUCUGUACAUGGCAAAAUGGAUGACAUUUUAGACCUGCAGCUUCAGAGGAACUUGGAUUACCUUGAUCAGCAGGUGCCUCCAGCGCAUGAUAUUUACAGGGACCUGCAUCCCACGCUGAAGCUCAAUGAAAUUGAGACCAGUAAACUCCUGACUCGCUUGUUUGAGCAGAACAGGCUUCUGAAGGAGCAGGAAGUGGUAGUACAUCGGCUGCGAAUGGAAAAGGAUAACUUGGAGGCCACUCUGGUGGCCACUCAUCAGGACAUGGAGCUGUCCAGGACUCAGCCACUGGCCAUGGAGAAACUGCAGCUGAAGAAGGAGAGCUUACAGAAUCAGCUCAUCAAUGUCCGGGGGGAGCUCUCUCAGGCUUCCAGUGCACUGACCACAUAUAAAAUGGAGUUUGAUGCUCUGGAGGAUGAGGUAAAUGCUAUUCAUGGUGACCUGUGGGAGCAGCUGAACACUGGAGGACAGAGUGAACUGGUCCACCGACACCUGCAGAAAGAGUUCUGGAGGAUUCAGGAUGUGCUCGAGGGGCUGCACAAGAACAAUCCCUCUCGAGGCACAGAUACAGCUAAGCACAGAGUCAGUGCAGCAUCAGGUUCUUUCAGCACAAACAGUCCAGCGAGCCCACUAAGCUCCGUGAGUCUAACCAGCCCCCUCAGUCCUUUCUCACCUGUACCCGGCUCCCAGAAUUCACCCACAAAACAGCUGGCAACUGAGCACAACUUCAGUUCACUAGAGGAAAAAAACAAUGAUUGUGACAUGGAGCAAGAUAGACAAGGCAAUAAAGUUGGUAUUGUCCCACCCAGGACUAAAUCUCCUACAGAUGACAAGGAUGGUGUCCAUAAGAGGAAUGGGAAAAUGCCUAACGGUCACAUCUCCAGGGAGAGGCCAAAGAGCGCUGUGUUCCCGGCUGAAGCAAAGUCUAAGAUGAGCGUAGAGGAGCAGAAUGAGAGGAUACGUCGGAACCAGAGCAGUUCAGUCAAAGACAAGAGACGCAGCCUUAAUCUGUCCAACAACCAGAACUUGGAUGGCCUCAAACCUUCUGUCAACUACAGAGUGGUGAGGAGAAGAGUGACCGCCCAUGAGGUCGACAUAAAGGACCUGGAGGCGGCCGUACGAGGGGAAGGCAUGGAGUCUCCGAGGGAAGAAAUUGCCCGUCUACGGAGACAGGUGGAGCCUGAGAAUUAUGAGCUGGAUAUCAGCAAAGAGCUGUCUGCCCCAGAGAAAGUGUUAAUUCCAGAGCGGUAUCUGGACAUAGAGCCCAGCACACCGCUCAGCCCAGAGGAGGAGAGAGAGAAACAGAAGAAGGUGGAACGGAUAAAGACGCUCAUUGCCAAGUCAAAUCUGCAGAAUAUUGUCCCGGUGUUGGAUGGCCCUGUGGAAGCCCAGGCAAACCCUGAGCAGAAGCUGCAGGAACAGGAGAAACGCAUCGAGAUCUCCUGCGCUUUGGCUGCUGAGGCCUCUCGCCGCUCUCGCCUGCUCUCUGCCCAGAUCACCUCGAGUCCCCCCGCCUCCCCGACCAACCUGGCCCCUCCCCCUUCCUCUGGCUUCUCUGACUCCUCCCACAUCAUGAAGGUGUGAGUGUGUGAAGCUCAGGCGCUGGCUGCUGUCAAGUUCGAUGGUGAACCCUUCUGAGAACAGCAAACAAACGACACGAAAAAUCA